ACAGAAAGGCGGGCCAUUGUCCCGAGCAUCUAGGCUCGAAAAACGGCUCGGCGACCGCAACCCCGUCGCCUCCAUCGAACUCCGGCGGCCGCAUCCGGCCGACUCCGGCGAUUCCCCGGCGCGUCCCUCCGCCUAGUCCUGCCUGCGCUCGGACGCUCUCAUGGGGGCCUCCGAAUCGCUCCUUUCCAGGCAGCCGGCGCUGCAGCCGCGGCCGCCGUGGGCGGAUGAGAUCACGACGGUGUCCGAGGGCCGGCGCGACGACGCCGACGCCGACCCACUGAUCCGCCGCAUCCGAUCGCUCACCAUAGCUCCACCGCUGUUGAGCGGUCAGUCGGAAUCAGAGGCGGAGAGCAGCCUCACCGACAUCCUCGUCCGGAAGCCCUCCACCUCCUCCUCUGCCACCUCCGGAAAUCUGAACCCGAGUGUCCUGGGUGAGCUUUUCUCGAUGUACCGUGAAUGGCAAGAAGAGAAUGCCAAGAAAAUUAGCCGAAAGCAGGAGGAGAUAGAAAACAAGAUAGAAACGGCUGAUGCAUUGGCUGUUAAGCUUCUCCAGCGGUUCAAUUAUUCUCUUACUUCCAUGAGAUCCACCUCUCACAACCUUGCUGAAGUCCAACCGCUGCAGAUUGAAGUUGGUGAGUUGAAGGGCAGGUUAACUGAAGUUAUAAGUAAUUGCGAUGCAUUGUGCAAGCGAAUUGAUGCAGAAGGACCAGAAAGUCUGCGAUCAUCUGUUCAGUCUUUCACGGCUGGUAGAGUGGAGGCAGAAGGUAGCGGUUCACUUGACCCAAAACAAGAGUCCUAAAUUGUACAAUCUUAUAUGACUUAACUGCUGACAGUAAUGCAUGGGAAGAAGGUUCAGUAUGAUGCUUAGUAGGUCCUGGAGAAAUACAUUGGAGGCUUUACCAUGUAUACAUACUACCUUUAUA